UUUAUUUACGUGUCUGGAUUGUCGGAAAAUAAACGAAUUUGGUUUUUCAUUGUGAAACGUGGGAAUUUUUCAAAGGAAAACUCCAUUUCUGAAUCUUAAGAUCCUCAAGAUCGGGGUCUUUCACCUCAAAUCAAGAUGGAGGAGAAAGCAUCAAGCAGUGAAAAUGGGGCUAAAAUUGAAAUUGAUGCAAAACCUCCCCAAGAAUCAGCAACAUCGCCCAGCAGUGAUGAGAAUAAAUUCGAUUUGGACCUUUUAAUUGAUCAAAUUGGACCUUUUGGGAAAUUUCAGCUGAUUAACUACAUCAUCAUCUGCAUCCCCAUCUGCAUGGCGGCCAUGUAUACCCUGAGCUUUGCCUUCACCGCAGGUGAUCUCAACUUCCGCUGUGUUAUUCCGGAAUGUGAUGCUGCAGAUCCUUCGUACAGUGAGCCCUUUGUGAAUUUUACAAUUCCCCGGGAAAAGGAUGGAUUUUCCUUUUGCAAAAAAUUCAUCAGCAUUGCAAACGCCUCCGAUGGAAAUCAAUGUCAACCAGAGUUCUUCGACACAAGCAAUGCAGAAUGUUGCGAUGAGCACGUGUAUGAAGAAGGUGAAAAUGCCAUAAUCAAUGAAUGGGAUCUUGGGUGCAAAAAUGAGUGGAAGCUUACCCUAGUUGGUACGAUUAAUCUUGUUAGUCAUACCGUAUGCCAACCAAUUCUUGGAUAUGUUUCGGAUCGCUUUGGGCGACGUACAACCUUCAUCUUAGGACUCGUUUUGGCAGCAACUUUUGGUCUUAUUCAAUCUUUCUCCUCAAGCUACGUCAUGUUUGUUAUACUGGAAUUUCUGGCGGCUGGUUCGGGCUCCAGUGCCUACAACUGUGGCUUCAUUUUGGGAAUGGAAUUAGUUGGACCAGAGAAGUACGGAGUGGGAAACUUCAUCCUUAAUGUUUUCUUUGCCUUUGGUGAAGCCCUUCUUGGAGUUAUUGCUAUGCUUACGAAGGAUUGGCGCUGGCUACUGCGAAUUGCCUACGUUCCCGCCCUCAUUGUUAUCGCCUAUCCGUGGCUAAUUCCUGAAAGUGUUAGAUGGCUGGCAAAUAAGAAUCGCCUCAAGGAAGUUGCAGAAAUUAUUGAAUCAGCAGCCCGAAUGAAUAAGAGCAAACUUACACCAGCUGCCGUUGAAAUGCUCAAUCGUGCUAAAUCUGACGGAGGAACGCUGGAGGUAAAGGUAGAAGAUGAGCAAGAAAAGGAACUUGAGGAGACUGGCCUUAUUUCGGUUAUGAAAUCACCAAUUAUCCUAAUACGGCUGAUUAAGUGUCUUUUCUGUUGGUUUACUGCUUUCUACGUCUUCUUCUGCAUAACACUAAAUUCGGUAUCAGCAGUUGGCAAUAAGUACGUCAAUUUCAUACUUAUUUGCCUAAUUGAGAUCCCAGCUGCUGGCUUUUCUGGAAAAUUAAUGGAAAAAUUUGGAAGGCGCCUAAUACUCAGCAUUAACUUCAUUAUUUCUGGUGUAUGUGCAGUAGUCAUCAUCUUUACCGCCAAUGCUCCGACAUUUGUACAAAUUAUACUUCUUAUCUUGAGCAAAUUGUGCGUUACGAUGGCUCUACUCACAGGAUACGUCUAUACGGCUGAACUCUUUCCUACAAAGGUUCGUCUAACUCUUCUUUCGCUCUGUUCCACAUUGGGAAGUAUCGGAGGGGCUUUAGUGCCUGCAACUCUUCAUCUUGAACAAUACGUGGAUAACUUGUCAUUGAUUGCGAGUGCUGUACUAACAAUCCUUGCAGGUGUUACCAUUUUCUUUGGACCUGAAACAAUGAAUCACACACUACCUGAUACACUCCAAGAGGCUGAACAAAUUGGAAAGAAACCAAAACCAGAAAAUACCUAAUUUAUGCUUUUUGUAAAAAAAAAUUUCCAGUGAAUUCAAAUGAAACUAAAUUGCAUUAUAAUAUUUAUGAAUGAAGAAGAAAUCGAAG